GGCCUGGACUGGAAGAAAGCCUGGGUAGGGGUUGAUUGUCAGUGUUGUGUGACUGUCAUUAAUUUAUUACUUUCUUAAAUAAAAAAGGUGCAAUAAAGAUGUUUAGUUUCCACAAACCAAAAGUCUACCGCUCAACAUCAGGCUGCUGCAUAUGCAAAGCAAAAUCAAGCAGUUCACGCUUCACUGAUAGCAAGAAGUACGAGGAAGACUUUGUAGAUUGUUUCCAGCUGGAGGAGAGGCGUGCGGGAGAGGUGUGCAAUGCGUGUGUUUUGUUGGUUAAGAGGUGGAAGAAACUACCACCCGGAACGCAACGCCACUGGCGUCAUGUUGUUGAUGCAAGGGCCGGCCCAGGAACAAAGUCGUUUGUUAAGAUCAAGUCGAAGAAAAAUGCCAAACAUAAAAUCAAAAGCAAGAAACAUAUUGAAGAAGAAGAAAUGGAUGAGGAUUCUAAAAAAGCUAUAGAAAACGAUGAACAAAAUGAUUUCGCAAUGAAUGACAUAUCAGGAGAUGUAGAGGCGGACUCUGAACCUGCGAGUCCGAGGUCUGUGGAGGAAGAGGAGCCGAUGGAGAUGUAUGUCCGAGGUCACAAGCACAUCAACACCUCACCACCUGUCAGCAGCUUCCUGGACAUGACGUUCUGGAAGAGGGAGAAAGUGUGCUGUGGAGUGAUAUUCAAAGGACCGCAUGGUCAGGUGAUUGUAGAUCCCCGAUUCCUCAAGCCUUGUGUGUACAAGCGUGCGCACGCACACACUCACGUUGCAGCGCCCACCACCACUGCCACUAACACUACUGCUGCUGUCGCCACCACCGACGCCUCGUCCACCAAGAUCUAUAGCGACAACUCAUCAGACUCGGGCUACGAUGAAUCCUCCAAUCCGGGUGAAGUAGUUCAACCCGGCCCUAGUAAUAAUUAACGUUGACUGCGCCUAGACAUCACUUUGUUUUAAAGACCUAAUUAUUUCAUUUAACUGUUUUCUGUUAUGUAUAUUAAAAUCGACAAUCAAAUUGUCCGAGUGAUAUUCGUCGACCCGGAGUCGCGAUACGAUCGACACCAAUUUUAAAUAAAUUUGUACUUAACAACGGAUAGAUGGAAUAUUUAGGUCCGGUUUCGAUGAUGUUGCCAAACAAUCACGACUUCGAGGGUCCAAUCUUUUAUAUCGAGUAUGAAUCGAAUGGCUCUGCGUGUUUAUAAGAUAAUCCGGACGAGCGACAGAGACCAACUGUCGCAAGUCUGACUACUGCCAACUAGUGUUUAAUAUGUUACCAUAAGCACAGAGGAGUCGUAGCAAUAAGCACAUGCAGUAUUACACAAUUGUAGUUCCUAUCACGACUUCUCUCUCAGGCUCAGCUUAUUACGUACAACCUUAACUUCACUCUCGACCUUUUCAGUAGUAAUUUGGUUACAUUAUUUCUAAACUGUGAAACAUAAACACAUGAUUUUAGUCAGGCCUUUUUGUGACUAAGUUACUGUAUUUUUCUUUAAUCAUUAGGUUAGUUCACCUCUCAUUUUACUACAUACAAGUCCAGGAAUUGAAGCCAAAUAGUACUGUACUGUAAAAUAAUCGCAUCGUCAUUGUUUCCCAGCAAUACAAAUUUACAAUUUACACCAUUGUGCUUUUGCUUUGCUAAAUGACAAUGACUAAUAGAUUUUUUAAACUUCUAACCUCACCUUGUUCCUUUGCCAUAGUUUUAAGUUUCACCUAUUUCCUUUGCUAGCUGUGUACACCCGUGUGAGUCGAGUGACGUGCCUUGUCCAGAACAUGGAGCCUGAGAGGGAGGCCAUCUCUGUUGAACGUUGGAUCCCAGGUUUAUGUUAAGAUGACACCCAAAGAGAAGAGUAAAGUUUGUUUCCGAGGGAUUGCGAGAUCUCAAUGCAUAAUAUUACGUUAUAGUAGAUAUACUGAAUGUUACAUGUGUUAAGUGUUUGUCGUAACUGUUGUAUUUGAAACAAUAAAAUUGGUUUGUCUCUAUAAUACCUUAAAGACAAAAAAAGUCUAUAAAAUUCCAGUUGACUGAGGGUGUCUGAUUUACAAAUUGUAUAUAUGUGAAAAGCGGUUUUAUAUGCAUUAUUUUUAAGAUUAGGAAACUAAUUCUAGUCUGAAAGAAUAGUGCAUAGCUAAAUAAUAUAGAUUAGAUGAAUGUUGUGCACACGAUUAAUGUUAAGUGAGAUGUCAUAGUAUAUUUCAUAUCUCGCCUCCGUCUAGCAUUGUGUUUAUGCUUCGGUUGUUUGUGGUUCGUUGCUGUAGACGACCGUUACUCCAUUUUACUAAGAGUUAAGCUGUAUUUGUGUUGUGAGUCUGAACUAAGAAAUCUUUUGUGUUGUACACCCACCUCGUAGCAUAGUCAUGGCUAUUUCCAAAUGUUUGGUUGGAACUUGUCCCGACUAUUAAUUAUAGUCAGACUUAUUUGUGAUUCAUUUUCUCAUGUUUCGCACGAUAGAGUAUGCUUAAGAAUUUUUUAUGUCAAUUUACUACUAUGUGUAGAAGUUUACCCAUUUUAACAAUUGGAUCUGAUCAAGUUUUUGAGACUUUUCUUAGGAUAAUGGGAGUUUAAGGAAAUUUAUAAUAAUAAUCACUUAAAAUAAAAAUAAAUAAUUUUUUAAAGUUUAAACUGUAAUAAGUGUAGGCAUUUUAUAUUAAACACACAUAUCAAUGUUGGCCAUUCCUCGCUCUCUGUCCUAUUCAGGUUGUCCCUUCAAAUUGUUUAGCAAUAAAACAUUGUUUUUAUAAUCCCCAAACCUAAUUAUUGUAAAUUUCCUGGAAAUGUAUAACAAAUUGGCAUUCCAUUUGACAUUGAAUCUAAUAAGAGAAAACUUAAACUGUAAUUAAAUUAGUUUGGGUUUGCAUGCUCAAUCUACAGCAAAGCGUUCACUUAAUGGCAAUUAAAUAAAAUAUAUGAGAUAUUAAGAUAUGAGAUAUAUUUGGUUUUGAAUUAGUUGUGUAGUAGAAUGUUGAUCAUAAGACUAAAUCACUAACGUAAGCUUAUUUAUUUUAAUGACUGAACUCAUCCCAUCAAUGUUUGUGUUACAAAGUUUUAAGUAGGCUUAUCUUGGAAGUUGAAAGGGAUUUGUAAUGUGUAGGUAGGUCAACUUGUUACUUAUCAUUCAGGGUCCGGUUAUUUAAGUUCUCUUGCUACUUAUUAUUUACAUAACAUUUCUGUUAUAACUUAAAUUUAUAAAACUACUAGCUGACCCGGCGAACUUCGUAUCGCCUAAGUUAUAGGUUUCCCCUAAGACAGACCGAUGGAAAGAAAGUACCGUUACGUUUAAUUUUCAAGAUGAUCUCGUUCGCAUCGCUCAAUCACGUCCUGGUUGAAGUUCGUUCGCUACGCUCACUCACCUUUGGGAUGGAGCUCAUUCGCUACGCUCACUCACCUUUAGGUUGGAGCUCGUUCGCUGCGCUCACUUGCCUUCAGGUUAGCUCGUUCGUUACGCUAACUCGCCUCCAGGUUGAAGUUCGUUCGCUACGCUCACUCACCUUUGGGUUGGAGCUCGUUCGAUACGCUCACUCACCUUUAGGUUGGAGCUCGUUCGCUGCGCUCACUUGCCUUCAGGUUAGCUCGUUCGCUACGCUAACUCGCCUCCAGGUUGAAGUUCGUUCGCUACGCUCACUCACCUUUUGGUUGCAAAUUAGCUGUUGUCAUAAAUGUAAAAGAAAUAAUAGUGCUGCACCCUGUUGGUAAUCCUUGUAACUUUAAUGCUAUUGAACAUCAUAGAACAGAACCAACUUGUUUAAUUGAAACAGCUGUUAAGAUUCAUUAAUUCCAUUUCUCAUAAGGUUAACAUGGGAAACUCCAGAGCCACUGAGGCGGAGCCCUUUUACGAAUUUCGAAACGGGAAAUAGUUUACGUCCGAUUCGCAUACCUACAGAAUUUACACACCAAAUUUCAUAACGAUCGGUGAAGUCGUUCCGGAGGAGUUUGCAGACAAACACUGUGACACGAGAAUUUUAUAUAUUAGAUAUUUCAAUUUUACAGUAAACCCAUUUUCAUGUUUCUAGCUUAGAAAAUUAUAAGUAAGUUUAUUGUAAAAUUAAAAUAUUUUAAUCUGUUGAUCUCAUAUCUUGAAAUGAUUUGGUCAGUACCCCUCCGGAACUAUAAUUCUAAAUAAUGACUGUUGAAAUGGGAAAACGAUGUUUAAACUUCCAGGCACUCAUACAAAUCAUGUAAUCUAAUUUCAUCCUUUUGUAGAUGAUUAAGUGUAGAUGAUCAACACCAAGACGACGAUGUUGUCAGUUUAGUUGUAGCGUGAUCUCAACCUUUACCAACACCGGCGCUAGCGUCGUCUUGCCCCGCUUACCUUGGUGUCAGUUGCGGAACUCGAGUUGUCACUGUUGCUAAUGAGUCGUCCGUAACUCGACUCGUGUGAUAGCGUGGGGUUUACAAGCCGAAGCUCGGCCACUAAGGCAUCAUGUAUUAUUGUAAAUACUAGUCGUAAGUGUCUUGUGUAUAUGUCUUGUGUUCGCCACCAGCAUAAAAGAUUAUUUAUUAUCGCAGUUUAAACAACUGAAAUAAUUUUAUCCUUUGUUAAUAGAGAUUGAUAUUUUAUUAUUUUAGCGCAAUUUAAAUAAAUUUUGUUACUUAAGUUAUUGUGUAGUUUUAAAAAUCAGUUGUUCGUGUGAAAGAAGUUUUUAUUUAUAUAGGCUAAAAUGUUGAAUUUUUAUCCUGUAGUUUUAUUUAUUAUUUUUCAAUAGUGAAGUUGAUAUUCUUGUAUUUAAACCAAAACACUUCCUGGUGAUGUUAAUUAUAUCUUCAGAAUGAAUCAAAACCAUUAGGAUAUUAAUUACUGCUUUUAAGUUGUUAAUUAACCUUCAUUUGAUGUGUGCGCAAAAUUAACAGUUGAGGCUGUUACAAUUUAGUGUACACAAUUGCUAUUUAUAAAGAUACCAUUUUUACUCUAAAUCUGAAUAUUUAUCAAUGCUUUCACACAACAAAUCUUAAAAUGUACAAACAUUUUGUGGUUGCAUUUACACAAAGUGUUAAAUUUUAAGAUCGGCUUUUAGUAGCAUAGUUUGUUCUUAGAUAUCUAUUUAUAUAUUUAUUAUAAGAUCAUUUUCAUCGGUAGCCUAAGUUACACAUUAUUAUUGAAUGGAUUUGAAAUUAUAUUUUGAUAUGUUUUAUCAUUCGGUCAUACUUUUAUUAUAAAUAUGAUUAACUUUGUUAAAAGUUGUGACAAAAUAAACUGUUUAUAAAUUUGCAUGAAUAUAUAUUGUUCUCAAUUGAG